UUGGCUUCUCUGCCGCCUGAAUAAGCGUCUCAGGAUCUUCGUCAUGACUCUUAAAUCUGGGCUUGUCAGUUCGCUCCAGCGUUUCUCGUCUCUAGGCACGGCAUGGGGCUUACAGGUUUUAACCAAUCAUGUACCGCCGAGGUCGGGUUGCCAGGCAGAUUAUGCUAAUGAGGCCCCGCCUUUUGUGCUGCUCCCACUCUGCGGCGGGAAGAACCACCUGGAGGUGGCGGGGGGGUUUGAUUUCCAUCACCCCUAGGGAGAGAGGAUCGGGGACCCGCUGAUCUUCCAGCUCCCCUCACCCAACGUCGUGCAUGUUGCGGAGCCCCUCUGUCCUUCAUGAACACGUGUGUGGUGGACAGAUGACUGCCCUGCUCCCCGUGCUGCUCUAGGGGCCCGGACUGGAGCGGCCAUCAGGGAAGGAUGGACUCCAAAGACGAGAGCACGCACGUGUGGCAGACGUCUGCAGACCACGAGCAGAGCAGCACACAGGUGCACUUUGUUCCUGACGCUGGAACCGUGGCUCAGAUCGUCUACACCGAUGACCAGGUCCGCCCACCCCAGCAGGUGGUGUACACAGCAGAUGGUGCGUCCUACACGUCAGUGGAUGGCCCCGAGCAUACGCUGGUGUACAUCCAUCCCGUGGAAGCUGCACAGACGCUGUUCACAGACCCCGGCCAGGUCGCAUACGUGCAGCAGGAUGCCACGGCCCAGCAGGCACUGCCUGCCAUCGACAGUGUGGACGGCUCCGACCCUCUGGCAUCCCUGCAGAACCCGAUGGGGAGGCUGGAGGCCAAAGAGGAAGAGGAGGACGAUGAAGACGAGGACACGGAGGAGGACGAGGAGGAGGACGGGGAGGACACAGAUCUGGACGACUGGGAGCCCGACCCACCCCGGCCCUUCGACCCACAUGACUUAUGGUGUGAGGAGUGUAACAACGCACACUCUUCAGUGUGUCCGAAGCACGGCCCCUUGCACCCGAUCCCCAACCGACCGGUGCUCACGCGGGCGAGAGCCAGCCUGCCCCUGGUCCUCUACAUAGACAGGUUCCUCGGAGGCGUGUUCUCCAAAAGGCGCAUCCCCAAGCGCACGCAGUUCGGCCCUGUGGAGGGGCCCCUGGUCCGGGGCUCGGAGCUGAAAGACUGUUACAUUCAUCUCAAGGUCUCUCUGGAUAAAGGGGACAGAAAGGACCGGGACUUACACGAAGACCUCUGGUUCGAGCUGUCCGACGAGACGCUAUGUAACUGGAUGAUGUUCGUGCGCCCGGCCCAGAAUCACCUGGAGCAGAACCUGGUGGCUUACCAGUACGGCCAGCAUGUGUACUACACGACCAUCAAGAACGUGGAGCCCAAGCAGGAGCUCAAGGUGUGGUACGCCGCGUCCUACGCCGAGUUCGUGAACCAGAAGACCCACGACAUCUCUGAGGAGGAGCGGAAAGUGCUUCGAGAGCAAGAGAAGAACUGGCCCUGCUAUGAGUGUAACCGCCGGUUCAUCAGCUCCGAGCAGCUGCAGCAGCACCUCAAAACAAGAGGCAGAGGAAGGGGACGAGGCAAGAGGCGAUUUGGCCCGGGUCGGCGGCCUGGGCGUCCCCCAAAAUUUAUCCGCUUGGAAAUAACCAGCGAGAACGGGGAGAAGAGUGACGAUGGGACGCAGGACUUGCUGCACUUUCCCACCAAGGAGCAGUUUGAUGAGGCAGAGCCAGCUCCUCUGAACGGGCUAGAUCAGCCGGAGCAGACCACGAUCCCCAUCCCUCAGCUGCCACAGGAAGCCCCGUCUUCUCUGGAACACGAGCCGGAGACUCACACUCUGCACCUGCAGCCGCAGCACGAAGCGAGCGUGGUGCCCACCCAGAGCGCCCUGACGGCCGACGACAUGCGCAGAGCCAAGCGCAUCCGAAACGCAGCGCUCCAGCACCUGUUCAUCCGGAAGUCCUUCCGGCCCUUCAAGUGCUUGCAGUGCGGGAAGGCCUUCCGCGAGAAGGACAAGCUGGACCAGCACUUACGCUUCCACGGACGGGAGGGGAGCUGCCCGCUGACCUGCGACCUCUGCAACAAAGGCUUUAUCAGCAGCGCCUCCUUGGAGGGUCACAUGAGGCUGCACUCGGACCAGAAGACCUACUCGUGCAUUUUCUGCCCAGAGUCCUUUGACCGCCUGGAUCUGCUGAAAGACCACGUGGCUGUUCACAUCAGCGACGGCUACUUCACCUGCCCGACUUGCAAGAAACGGUUCCCGGAUUUUAUCCAGGUGAAAAAACAUGUGCGCAGCUUCCACUCGGAAAAGAUCUACCAGUGCACGGAGUGUGACAAGGCCUUCUGCCGCCCCGACAAGCUGCGGCUGCACAUGCUCCGGCAUUCGGACCGCAAAGACUUCCUAUGUUCCACCUGCGGGAAGCAGUUUAAGCGGAAAGACAAGCUGCGGGAACACAUGCAAAGGAUGCACAACCCCGAGAGGGAGGCCAAGAAGGCCGACCGCAUCAGCCGCUCCAAGACAUUCAAGCCGCGCAUCACGUCCACCGACUAUGACAGCUUCACGUUCAAGUGCCGCCUGUGCAUGAUGGGCUUCCGGCGGCGGGGCAUGCUGGUAAAUCACUUAUCCAAGCGGCACCCAGACAUGAAGAUAGAGGAGGUGCCCGAGCUGACGCUCCCCAUCAUAAAGCCCAACCGCGACUACUUCUGCCAGUACUGUGACAAGGUAAAUCACUUAUCCAAGCGGCACCCAGACAUGAAGAUAGAGGAGGUGCCCGAGCUGACGCUCCCCAUCAUAAAGCCCAACCGCGACUACUUCUGCCAGUACUGUGACAAGGUUUAUAAGAGCGCCAGCAAGCGCAAAGCGCACAUCCUGAAGAACCACCCGGGGGCCGAGCUCCCGCCCAGCAUCCGGAAGCUCCGCCCUGCAGGACCUGGAGAGCCAGACCCCAUGCUGAGCACCCACACGCAGCUGACGGGCACCAUCGCCACCCCUCCCGUGUGCUGCCCGCACUGCUCCAAGCAGUACAGCAGCAAGACCAAGAUGGUCCAACACAUUCGAAAGAAGCACCCAGAAUAUGCCCAGCUCCCGAACGCCAUUCAGACGCCGCUGACCACGACUGUGAUCAGUGCCACCCCGGCCGUCCUAGCGACCGACAGUACCACCGGGGAGACGGUGGUGACCACAGACCUGCUUACUCAAGCGAUGACGGAACUGUCCCAGACCUUGACGACGGACUACCGGACGGCGCAGGGCGACUACCAGCGGCUGCAGUACAUCCCCGUGCCCUCGUCGGCGUCCAGCCUGCAGCAGGCCCAGCACAUUCAGCUGCAGGUGGUCCAGGUGGCCCCGGCCACGUCCCCCCACCCGUCCCAGCAGCCCACUGUGGACGUCGGCCAGCUGCACGACCCCCAGACCUACGCCCAGCACACCGUCCAGGUGCAGCACAUCCAGCUGGCGGAGCCCCCCGCUGCAGCCCCGCCGGCCACCCAGGUGGCCGGGCAGCCGCUGAGCCCCUCCGCCCGGCAGGCGCAGCAGGGACUGAGCCCCCCGCACAGCCCCGGCAGCCCGUCCUCUCAGGGGCAGGCCCUGCAGCAGCCGCAGCAGCACAGCCCCUCCGUGCAGCACGCCUACCUGCCCAACGCCUGGAACCCCUUCCGGGGCUACUCCCACUGCACUGUGGCUAUUUCCUGUUUUUCAGCUUCUGAGAUUCAAAUGAUGACACUUCCCCCGGGUCAGUUUGUGAUCACGGACAGCGGAGUGGCCACCCCUGUCACUGCCGGCCAGGUGAAGGCAGUCGCGUCGGGUCACUACGUGCUGUCGGAGAGUCAGCCUGAGCUGGAAGAGAAGCAAGCCUCGGCCCUGCCGGCUGGGGUCCAGGUCCAGCCGUCUGCGCACGGGGACGCCCUGGCCCCGCACCCCCCGCACCCGGCCGCCCCGCCGACCACGCAGUACAUCAUCACAGCCACGAGCGGCAGCGAGGUGCACAUCGCCAAGCCCUAGCUGGGCGGCCGACACUCGGUCGUCUGCGCCGACACCGGACCCCGAUAGGCCCCUGAGCUUUGUGUUCCUUCAGGAGUUUGACACUCACAGCCACCGGCGUCGAUCCUGCUGCGGUCAUCUUCACGGCAUCGGCGUUCGGGCCCUUGGGUGGCUGCCGCGGGAGGAGGGCCUUGGGGGAAGCAGGGUCGGGAGCUCCUUGCCCUUCCCUCGGUUUCCCGACACACUGGCCAGCCUCACGUUCCCGCGUGCAGACACCGAGCGGGCCGCGUGCUCAUACCAAAGGUGCAGACGGUGUGCCGCGCCCGGGGCCGUGGGCCUCCUGACUCCAAGCCACGGCACCACCGGCACCCCCGGCACCACCGGCACCCCCGGGGAAGGGUGUUUGGGUGGGUGUUAGGGCAGUACCUCGCCUUGGGAGUGGAGUUCUCAGAAAUUCAACAGGGGGAGCCUAUGAAUUAGAAAAGAAAAGCAGGAAAGGAAAGGGGGGCAUUGAUGUCCCAAAGAGAGCUGUGGUCCACGUUUUUCUUUGAGCUUUCCUCCUCUGGGUAACUCUGUGGACUGUCGGUAGUGCUUUGCACGGCGCGGCCCAGUCCUGAUCAUUCUUACUUUAACACCCUGCAAAGGUGGGCUCCCGGGGAGGCCGACAGGAGCAGACCUCAGCCCCCACAUGGAAGCCUUGCCUGCCUGCCAGUCUCUGCUUGUGGUUAUGUGCAGGGGGAGAUGCUGGUGCCAAGAAAGGUGACUUAUUUAUGUUUAUAUAUGUGUGGACACACGCACACCCUACACGCACAUGCACAUGCACACACACGCCAACAAGUACAUGCACAUGUACACAUACGUACACUCACACACGGGUACACAGAUGUACACGUGUACACGUACAGACACAUGCACACAUGUACACACACACGCACACACACACACACACACACACACUGGGGGGAGAGAGAACCGGAACCUCGUCCUGUGUGGCGGGACCCGCGUGCUGGAGGUCGGUAAAGGUGGCCUGUGUCCUCGCUGAGGGACGGAACUCCCGCCCAGCCUGCUCUGUGUACUUUGGUACUUCCAACGCUGUCUUAAAAUGAACAUUCUCCAGAGGUGGACGGAUGGGGGCUGCCUUAUUCCUUAGCACCUUGAGCUUUACAUGGCGAUGUACCUGGACCCCCUGGGUGACCAGCUCCACAGGGGGGAGCAGCGAGCAUGCAGGGACCAUUUCUAAUACAUUAGUAUAACUACAGGGACCUGGGAGUGAGCCAGUCUUCAUGAACACUGAGCUGUCAGCUGGGAGAGGAAAAAGCACCUGACCCCUGACGAGGUCACCGUCCUCGUAGGUGUCUCUGCUGGGGGCUCGUUUGCCAUGAAUUCAGCAGGGAGGAGCAGUGCCCCCUGCUUAUUGGCACGUUCCAGUCGUAAACACCAACUGUGUCAGAGGUCUGUGUGUUUUCGCAGUGUUUUGUGACACAAACACAUUUUUAGAAUAAUUAUUGCAUAGUAGAAAAUCACUCCAGAACAGAAAGAUCUAAUUCUAUUUUAAAUGAAGUAAACUAAUCUAUCUUAUUUACAGUCCUAGGUAAAACUGCUUCUACAAAUUAAGAAGUCUAGUCAUUUCUUUAUGCUAAAGAUGCCUUUCUGGAAAACUAAUGAUUCUGUCGAAAUAACUUUACUAAUAUGUAGAGUUUGCACUUUAGUUUGGGACCUCGUUCCCCCUUCAAAGCAUGGGCACUAAGAGGCCUGAGAAGGGCACUUCAUAAACAGGUGGCGAGUGAAAGGACUCUUCUUUUUAGUGACGAAGACGUAAUGUCGAUGUUUCCAACGGAAAACGUGGACAGAGUCACAGAAUGCAGACUCUAGUUCCCAAAGCCCCACGGAGGUCCGGAGUGUCCACUUCUUAGUGUCUAAUUUGGGAAGACUUGCUAGGCGAAGGGUAUUAGAUGUUUCCAAAGGUCCAGUUUCAGUUUUUAUAACAUAAAUUUGACCCUGUUGGGCUCUUUUUAACUCGAACCAAUAAGGCAUCUCCCAACCCUCAGGAAGAACUUACUGGUUAAAAUGGAAAACCAUCACUGAAUGGAAUGCUUGCCUUAUGCCAGUCAUUUUCAGUUUUGAAAUACACAGAGGAGGAUGCUUCAGAAGGACCUAUUUGUCUCUUUUCCUUCUAAUUUUUUUCCUUGUUAUUUUUAGUCCUUACGUGGAAUAAAUAAAGACCCAAACGAAUUUGUAUCUUUUCAACCAGAGACGUGGGUGGUGGGCAGGCCACAUACCACUGUGCUCAGGGCAGGAUUAUGCACCUCAGUCAGGGUGUCAUGUGCAGGAGGGCUGGGCUGGAGGGAGGCAGAGCACACGCCCGCUGAAGGCCUGCUAUGGAAGACACACGUGGCCACUGUAUGUCGCAGCCUCUCCUGACACGCUGACACUGUUACCUCAUGCAGUGCAGUGUGGGUAUUCCGGAGUAGGUUGGAGAUAUAUUUUACAUUUAUUAUUUGAUUUAUACCCACAGAAAUAGGUAUUUCAUCAUGUAAAAUUCAUGUUAUUUUUUGGGGAAAAACCCAUUGUUUCGAUCUUCUUGAAUUGUUUUCUGACUUGGAAUUAUCCUUUCGAACAACUCUAAGAUACCUAGGGCUGAAAAGCACUUCGUGAGAUGCUAAAGCGGACCCACUUGUUGGAAAUGUUGAACGCUCUCCUGUUAUUUAAAUGUGAACAUUUACUGUACAUUCGGUGAGUUAUAGUGUUAAUAGUCUUGUGCUACCCAG